UUGUGUUAUAUUUGUUCCUGAAAAAACCAACACAGCACUCAAAUACACUAGUACCAUGCGUGGCACACUACACUCAAAUACUCUCUCUCCCUUUUUGUGUCGUUCAAUUUCCAUUGAGAUAAAUAAAGUGAGACACUGAAAGUUUUAUUCACUGGACAGAGACAGAGUAAUUCACAUUUCACAAUGCUGAAACAAGUCCCAUUAAUUUGCAUUGUUCUAUCACUCUAUGCUCUUGCAACAACCGUAGCAUCUCUAAACCAAGAAGGGUUGUACCUGUACCAAUUCAAACUGACCUUAGAAGAUCCCGACUCACGUUUAUCCUCAUGGAACCCAACAGACACCACACCUUGCAACUGGUAUGGUGUACGUUGCGACUCCACUAACACCUCCGUAACGGAACUCGACCUUUCCGACACAAACAUUCAAGGUCCAUUCACGGCGUCAAUUCUCUGCCGUCUCCCUAACCUCUCCUCCAUCAACUUCUUCAAUAACUCCAUUAACCAAACCUUCCCUCUCAAAAUCAACCUCUGUAACAACCUCGUUCACCUCGACCUCUCUCAGAAUCUCCUCACUGGUCCUCUCCCUGAAACUCUCUCCCUUCUCCCUAACCUCCGUUACCUCGACCUCACCGGUAACAACUUCUCUGGUCCCAUUCCUUUCUCCUUCGGAACGUUCCAGAAACUCGAAGUUCUCUCACUCGUUUCGAAUCUUCUAGAAGGUACUAUACCUCCUUCUCUUGGUAACCUCACUACUUUGAAAAUGCUUAACCUCUCUUACAACCCGUUCUUCCCGGGUCGGAUCCCUUCGGAACUUGGGAAUUUAACUAACCUUGAGGUUCUAUGGUUAACACAAUGUAACCUCGUUGGUUUGAUUCCUGACUCACUUGGGAAACUUAAGAAGCUUAAGGAUUUGGACCUUGCGUUAAACGAUUUAUACGGUUCUAUACCGAGUUCGCUCACUGAGUUAACUAGUUUGAGACAGAUUGAGUUGUAUAAUAACUCGUUAUCUGGUGAGUUGCCUCGGGGAAUGGGGAACCUUACUUCGUUGAGGCUUCUUGACGCGUCAAUGAAUCAUUUGACGGGGAGUAUUCCGGUGGAGCUUUGUUCGUUGCCGCUUGAGAGUCUCAAUCUCUAUGAGAAUCGUUUUGAGGGUGAGUUACCGGCGAGUAUUGCUGACUCGCCGAAUCUUUACGAGUUGAGGUUGUUUGGAAACCGACUAACCGGAAAGUUGCCGGAAAAUCUCGGGAAACGUUCUCCUCUGAGGUGGCUUGAUGUUUCGAGUAACCAGUUUUGGGGAAGCAUUCCGGCGAGUUUGUGUGAUCUUGGUGAGUUGGAGGAGCUUCUUAUGAUUUAUAAUUUGUUCACCGGUGAGAUUCCAGCGAGUCUGGGAACGUGUCAGAGCUUGACGCGUGUACGUCUCGGUUAUAACCGGUUUUCCGGUGAGGUUCCGGCGGGGAUCUGGGGUCUUCCCCAUGUGAAUCUGUUAGAACUUGCUCAUAACUCGUUUACCGGUUCUAUUUCGAAGACCAUUGCCGGUGCGGGGAACCUUUCGUUGUUGAUUUUGUCGGAGAACAAUUUUUCCGGAACGGUUCCUGAUGAGAUUGGGUGGGUGGAAAAUCUCGUCGAGUUUUCUGCCGGUGAUAACAUGUUCACCGGCUCUCUUCCCGAUAGUAUAGUGAAUCUUGGGCAGCUUGGGAUUCUUGAUUUUCAUAACAAUAAACUCUCUGGUGAAAUGCCAAAGGGGAUUGGUUCUUGGAAGAAGCUUAAUGAUUUGAAUUUGGCCAACAAUGAAAUUGGUGGAAAAAUUCCUGAUGAGAUUGGGAGUUUAUCUGUACUUAAUUUUCUUGAUCUUUCUAAGAAUCAGUUUUCUGGGAAAAUCCCUCACGGGUUGCAGAAUCUAAAGCUGAAUCAGCUCAAUUUGUCAUAUAAUCGUCUUUCUGGUGAACUUCCUCCUCAAUUGGCUAAGGAAAUGUACAGGUCUAGUUUUGUUGGCAAUCCUGGUUUGUGUGGUGAUUUGAAAGGUUUGUGUGAAAGUAGGAAUGAAGUGAAGAACUUGGGUUAUGUUUGGUUGCUUAGAACAAUUUUCGUUGUUACCAUUUUUGUGUUCCUAGUUGGUGUUGUCUGGUUUUACUUUAGGUACAAAAAUUUCAAGGAAGCGAAAAAAGCUUUUGAUAAAUCAAAAUGGACUUUGAUGUCGUUUCAUAAACUGGGUUUUGGCGAAGAUGAGAUUUUGAAUUGUCUUGAUGAAGAUAAUGUCAUUGGAAGUGGUUCUUCUGGGAAGGUUUACAAGGUUGUACUUGGCAGUGGAGAAGCUGUUGCUGUGAAGAAGAUAUGGGGAGGGGUUAAAAAGGAAGUGGAGAGUGGAGAUGUUGAAAAGGGUAGGGUUCAAGACAAUGCUUUUGAUGCAGAGGUUGAAACUCUUGGAAAAAUUAGACACAAGAACAUUGUGAAGCUAUGGUGUUGCUGCACCACUAGGGAUUGCCAGCUUUUGGUUUAUGAGUAUAUGCCAAAUGGUAGUCUUGGUGAUUUGCUUCAUAGUACUAAAGGAGGGUUGUUGUUGGAUUGGCCAACAAGAUACAAGAUAGCUGUUGAUGCUGCUGAUGGACUAUCUUAUCUUCAUCACGAUUGUGUUCCACCAAUUGUUCAUAGAGAUGUUAAAUCUAACAAUAUCUUGUUGGAUGGAGACUUUGGUGCAAGGGUUGCAGAUUUUGGACUAGCUAAGGUUGUCGAAACCACCGGGAAAGGAAUUAAAUCCAUGUCCAUCAUAGCUGGGUCUUGUGGGUAUAUUGCACCAGAAUAUGCAUACACGCUUAGAGUGAAUGAGAAGAGCGAUAUCUAUAGUUUUGGUGUUGUCAUACUUGAACUAGUUACUGGAAGACGUCCCGUGGAUCCUGAAUUUGGAGAGAAAGAUUUGGUUAAAUGGGUUUGCACUACCUUAGAUCAAAAGGGUGUGGACCAUGUACUUGACUCAAGGCUUGAUUCAUGUUUCAAAGAAGAAAUUUGCAAAGUGUUCAACAUUGGUCUCAUGUGCACUAGUCCUCUUCCAAUCAACCGGCCUUCAAUGAGAAGAGUGGUGAAAAUGUUGCAAGAGGUAGGAACAGAGAAACAAACGAAACCUGCCAAGAAAGACGGAAAACUGUCCCCUUAUUACUAUGAUGAUGCCUCAGAUCAUGGAAGUGUUGUUUGAAUGAAUCAAGUCAUUGCAAGCGUCGGAUAUUAUUUGAUUCUAAAUGGGGAGUUUAAGCUUUUUAUUUUACUAUAAGUUCCAACUCCCCUCUAUGUUUUCCAAGCAUUAUCUCUGCUUUACAAAGUCGACUAAAAAAAAGAGAUGAUUUUGUUUUAGUUUUUCAAUUUGGGGGGAAAUUAGAGGCACGAGGAGUUGAUAUGUUUUACCCUAUAAAGUAGGUCCGAAUCAAGGUGAAUCUCUGCCAAAAUUUAAGUUGGUGUUAGCUAGUAUAUUACUGACUCUUGUACCCAUGAAAUAUAUUUCCAAUACUAAAAACAAAUUCUGUCAAUUUCUGUUAGGUACAUCUGUUAAAAGAUUUUUACCUGCCUCUUGGGUUAGGUAGGUGGCUUCACAA